GCCGGAGGCUGACGCGCUUCGCCGUCUUAUCAUUUUAUCCCUUCGUUCUCUACGGCAUUUGGCCACGCGGCAAAUUAAAUUGUCCCGGCAGAGAGAGCUUUUUGGGUUUUGUUCUGUCCGCGCCGUCGUCUGCGGCCGUAACUGAACCUUCUCCUUCAAUUUUAUCAGCUCCUUUCGUCUGAUUGAAAUGGUUUCAGGGCUAUGUUCUGCAAAAUUGCAACUUUAGGAUGGGGGUAAUGUACCAUCGAUUAUCUAUGGAGUGGGCUUCUUCCAAAAGUAGCAAUGAACGUUUGGGGCCUCAUGAUUCUGUGGCUUAGGGAACUGCAUCGAAAUUGUUGAUAGAGUAUCGAUGGCAUUUUUCUUCAUGUGUAUUUCUGUUGAUUCUAGCUCGGUCAUUUUGCCACCACACAUUUGAACCAUAGAAGUUUGAGGAGUCAAGUUAAUGAAUCUAUCGACUGUUUCAGGGCUUCUCUGCUCAGCAGCACCAGUAACUCUUAAGAGAACUUGAACUCCGAGCAGACAUAAGAUAAAGUAUCGAUGGCAUCUCAGAACUCUGUCAUGGCCUACAAUGAUCAGGUUCUGGUAGAAGAGAAGUCGCUCACAAGAAUAUUGGUAUUAAAUAGGCCUAAACAGUUGAAUGCCCUCUCGUACCCGAUGAUUUCUCGGCUUCUAGAUCUUUUCGUUGCUUACGAGGCAGAUCCGAAUGUGAAACUUAUUAUCCUUAAGGGAAAUGGAAGAGCGUUUUGUGCAGGAGGUGAUGUGGCUGCCGUUGUUCAUGAUAUUCGCAAAGCUAACUGGAAAUCAGGUGCCCAAUUUUUCACGAAGGAAUUCACCUUGAACUAUGUGAUCGCGACAUACACCAAACCCCAGGUUUCUAUCCUUAAUGGAAUUGUCAUGGGAGGAGGAAAUGGUGUUUCUAUGCAUGGAAGAUUCCGCGUAGCAACUGAAACUUCGGUAUUUGCUAUGCCUGAAACGGCUUUAGGUCUCUUCCCUGAUAUUGGUGCCUCCUAUUUCUUGUCCAGGCUCCCAGGAUUCUUUGGAGAAUACGUUGGACUUACUGGGGCAAGGUUGGAUGGUGCUGAAAUGCUUGCAUGCGGCCUUGCAACUCAUUUUGUCCCUGCGACGAAAUUGAGUCUACUGGAAGAAGCUCUAUACAAGGUAGAUUCAAGUGAUUCAAACAUCAUUUCUGCAAUUAUUGACUGCUAUUCUCAGCAACCAUACUUGAAAGACCAAAGUGCUUAUAAACGGUCAGUUCUUUCCCCUCACUCUAGUCACUUCAGUUUAGAUGUCAUCGAUAGAUGUUUCUCCCGGAAAACAGUUGAAGAUAUCCUGUCUGCGCUUGAAAGGGAAUCCAUGGGUAAGGCAGAUGAUUGGAUUAAUAACACUAUUCAGUCACUGAAGAAGGCUUCUCCAACAAGUCUUAAAAUUUCACUCCGAUCAAUUCGAGAAGGAAGGAUUCAAGGUGUUGGUCAAUGCCUAACUCGCGAGUUUCGAAUGGUCUGUCAUUUUAUGGAAGGAAAGCUAAGCAAGGACUUCUUUGAGGGUUGCAGGGCCAUACUGUUGGACAAGGACAGGAACCCAAAGUGGGAACCUGCUAGAUUGGAGCUCAUCAGUGAGGGGAUGGUUGAGCAGUUCUUCUCAAGAAUGGAUGAUGAAGAAUGGGAUGAUCUAAAGCUUCCUUCUAGGUCCAAUUUCGUUCUGCCCCGGCACGCCAUAGCAAAACUGUGAGCAAGGAUUAGCAAUGGAAUGAUGAGGAAGGGGUAUUUAUUCAAGGAGCUGGAUAUUCAGUUCAAGUAUAUACAUAUUAUUAUUGUAGCCCUACUACCCAUAAAAUACCCAAAGUUUAAAA